UAGGGAGCGAGCUGCUCCCACCGACGAGAUGCCGCUUCGUUUCCGAAGAAGCCGUAGAGCCCAGUUCAAGCAUAUAGCCCAUGGUUUGGUCCCCGCAGCUACCUUAGCACCAAGACCUGCCGUUCCACGCACUCCUCCGCCACGUAGCCCUAAUCCUUCUCCUGAAAGACCUAGAUCUGCCCUUGCUGCUGCCAUUCUGGUAACAACGUUAACUGGAAGAACGGUGGCUAUUCCUCAGCCCCGACAGAGGUCCCGGUCUGAAAGUGACACAACUUACUUGGAACAAGAGAGUUUAAUUGAGCCGUAUGCGACUGUAACUGAACUCAGGUUUGGAGAAAACUGGGCGAGUGGUCAAAGCAGAGGAUCUUCUCUCCCAUCUCCUGAAACACCAGGCUUUGAUGAGGAUGAAGACGUUGAAACAUACCUCUCGGACGCUGAUGGGCAGCCUGUUGCUCCCAGCACACAGACCAAAGAUAAAAGCUUUACGAAUGAUCCUCUUUAUGCUGUUCCCCACAAAAAGAAGGAGAAAAUUGCAAUGUCUCCUGGGGUUGAAAGCAAGGAGAAUGAGAUUUCUUCUGAGGAAGAUGAGUUCCCAGGUUUACCAUCUCAACCUGAAAACACUGUAAUGAAAGCAGAAGACAUGCAUUCUGUUCUGAUUUUAAAGGAUGGAAAACUUCCAGAGGAAAAGUUACUCACUGACAAACCUCCACCAUCCCCAGAUGUUGCUGGUAGAAAGCGUCGAGAUCGGUUGCACAUAGCUAAGGAUAAAUUUCAAGAAUUAAAACAGGAAAAUAGGUUCCUGGCUAGUAUAAACCAGUCCCUGGCCCUUGAACUUGAAGAACUGAAACUGCAAAUGAAGGAACUACAAACACAAUUUAAGAAAAUAGAAAAAGAAAAUGGAAAUCUCAAAGAAACAGAAAUGAAUCCUCAGGAGGAAGGAGAGGUGGCUGAAUUGCUUUCCUUAAGACAACAAGGCCAGGAGCUGGUGGAUGAAAAUGAUAACUUGAAAACAAUGGUCCACCGUUUGAAUGUAGAACUGAGUCGCUAUCAAACUAAAUUCCGACCGUUGUCCGAAGAAGAGAUUGUGAAAAUUGAAGGCCUCCCAAUGGAAGGACCUACUCCACCCUGGUUGUUGGAUAUGAAGUAUUUGUCACCCUUACUACUAGCCUACGAAGACAGAAUGAAAGAAAAAGAUGAUCUAAAUGUUACGCUUGAGGAGGAAAUGAGGACAAUUAGGAUACAAGUUGAAGAGGUGAUUAAAGAGAAUGAAGAAUUGCACAAACAGUUGAUUAAACGGAGAUCUAUUACGAGCAAGGAAUGGCGGCAACUCCAAAGCCAAGCAGAGCUAGUUUUAGAAGAAAAUGGGGUGUUGUUGAAGCAACUUGAAAUUCAGCAAGCCAAAGUGAAAGAGAUUCAACCAGAACAUGAUCAAAAAGUUUCUGAACUGACCAAACAGCUAGUACUUUUGGAAGCUAAACAACAAAGACAAGAAAAGGAGCUAACUGAAAAUCAAGAACAGUUGGAAAUGUUACAGAACAAAUGUCAAGAGCUGAAAGCUCACUUGGAUAGCAGAAUAGCACCGGAUGUUCAUACUAAAACUGUGAAUGAAUUAAAAAGCCAGUUGCACAAGGAGGAAGAAAAACGAAAUAGUGAGAUGGAAGAUCUGAUGGGAAGGAUAACCUCACUACAAGCACACAUAAAAAGUCUCCUUUUAGAGAAAAAUAACUUGGUGGCUGAAAAUAAGGUCCUAGAAGCUGAGUUGGAAAUGGCACAGAAAACUAAUAGGAGAUCUCAGAAGAAAAUAAGCCAUCUGAAACAGCAGGUGGAGAAAGCAAUGGAGAAGGAAGUAGUGGCUCAUCAAUAUCUAGCAAACCUUAUUGGCCUGGCAGAGAGUAUAACACAGGAACGAGACCAUCUCGUACAGUUGUCUAAAUGCUUAGAGAGUGAGAAGCUGGGAGUUAUCAAUAAAAUCAUGGAAGGCAACAUUCGCUUAGGAAAAUUGGAAGAGAAGGUCAAGGUGUAUAAAAGGAAAGCAGCUGUAAAGCUCGGAAACAUCAAUCUCCGACUGACCGAGCAAGAGGAGGACUUUGCUGGGAAGACCGCUCAGUACCAGCGUGAAAUGAAGCAUCUCCAGUGGCUGCUGCAAGACAAGCAGCAAACCCUUGAUGAAGUGCUGCAGCAGAAAAGGGAAAUAGAAGGUGAACUUGAAGUAGUUUGGGAAUCUACCUCCAAAGAAAACAGAAGAAUGAAAGAACUCCUGCAUGCAUCCUUGGAGAAGACCGACAUGUGGAAGACGGUGAAAGUAUAUGAAUCGUGCCUAGAUGAAAUCCCUUCCAGAGACUUCAUUUUUGGACACGACGUUAGCUAUUGUGAUACAAAAUCGUCUCCAAAUAACCGUCAAAGUCAGAAAGAGCCUUUGAAUUAGAAACAGCAGGAUUACCAUAUGUGGCACUCUGCCUUAGAGAAGAACAAAAUAUUCCAGUGAAGCCAAAGCGAAAUCCCUCUGGUCAGUUUGAUUUGGUUUGCCAGUAACUAUUGAAAAGGAAACUGCAAUCGUGGCAUACCUAGAUUUUGACCACCCCACAAGACGUACAGCUCCACUAUUUGCUGACUUAUUGCAACGUAUGUAAACUCCAUCCCCCCCAGUAAAGCCCAAACACAGCAGGCAAGUCAAUUCCUCCUCCAUCCCAUCCUUCCUUCACCCUACUUUCCUCCCACCCUCCUCUGUACCUAAGUGGCUUUCCAGCAGCUCCCCUCCUUCCAUUACACCAGCCCCACCUCCUCUGGUAUUUUCUUUCUUUUCUCAAACUAACAAUAGUGGCCGGUGGCCACUGCUCCAAGCGGCUCCCUACCCACUUUCUGUUCUUAGCCCGGCUCUCUGCCCCAACCAAAACUCUGGGAACAGGUCAAGGGAUGAACUGGAGCAAGACAGAGGGUCGGAGAUUGGACGAUAUAUCUUCAAACCACUGUCGCCCCUGCCCCUGUUCCCACAGCAUUGGCUGGGGUGGGGAAAUGGAACUGCCAGGAGGAAGAGGAAGGAGGGUGGCAAUGAUGGCUAUGCUCACAGCAGCAGCUGUCACUACUUAAAUUUUUUUUUUUUAAGCCUGGAGCAGUAGGAGAGGUGGGAGAACUAGAGUGGGUAGGAUCUGAGUUGGGGGUACAGAAAAAGGACAGCAAAAAAUCACUGGGACAGGAAGGGGGAGGAAAGAGUCGGGGAAAGGUUUCACAUCAAGCCUGGUUCUGGAACCAAACUUAAUAAAUUGCCUGUACAUCUGUGGCCAUGAUGGCCACGUAAGUCUAUGGGCUAGUGUACCUCACAAUAUAAACAUUAAUGAUGCAUCCAUGUUUCCAAGGAAUGGAACCCUGUGUAUUGUGGGAUCAUCUAUAUUUUAUAAGGCACAGAAGCAGUUUUCUCCUCAAGACUGCCAUUUUCUUUACCUUAUAAAAUCAGUCAAAUUAUUGAGCUUGGAAGGUGA